AUGGACGAGAUCACUUAUUUGAGCCCCAUUGUGCCAUCGUUCUCGACACAGCUUGGUGAUAUCGUGGUCAACGUCAAGAUCGAGCGGUGGCGAAUGAUCCAUGAGGCUCAAGAUGUGAGCUUCAUCCACAUCACCAAGUCCAGCGCUACCACCAAACCGCUCACCACGAUGGCGAAGCACGGCGGUAAGCCGUCACCGCGUCGCCUCUACCACGACUUUGUGGACCCGGAGGACGACUUCUUUAUCGAGUACCAUCCAAAGAUGACAAAGACCCUUGAUAAGAAGGGUAAAGGCAGAGUGCUCAAGCCUGCCUGUGGCAAGGCUGUUGCCAACGCUGCAAAGAAGAAGAGAAGGGAGGAACAGGUGGCAAAGACUGCUAAAACCGUGGACAAGACCGAGGAGGACGAGCAGAUGGCCGAGGACAAUGGUCAGGUUGAUGAGGGUGACAAAAAGCACGCCGGUCAGCAUUCGGAGGAGACUAAGAUCGAACGCCAAUCCUCGUCUGCCUCUCAUAAGAAAGAGGCUUAG